UUCAAGUUUUUUUUACAGGGUUGGUGAAGAAAACUUUACAGAAGAAAAUCUUGAAAAACCGCAUAUUCCGAUUUGAGUGAUUGAGCAGCACAGAUCAACAUCUGUUUCUACAGAUUCACUCAUCAAGAAAUAAAGCUUUGUUCUUCAUCAUCUUUACCAAAACCCCAUUAUUAUUCUUCAUUUAUUGCUCCUGAAUUCCACUCUGUUGUUGGGUGUGUGAGAGCUGAAACUAACUGGAAAUGUCAUGAGAAAUGAGGGUUAGGGUUUAUAAAGUUUGGGAUAAUAGAUGGGUUGUGUGUUUGGGAAAGAGAUUUCAUCUUCUGGGCCACCAAGUUCUGAACUUGUAGCUGAUAAAAGAAGAGAGAGAGACAGGGAUGCAAAUGUUGAGUCUGGAAGGAGAGAGAGGGCUUCGACGGCAAACGUUGAUGGCGGAAACAAUGGCGGUGGACCCGGCGGUGAAGCGCAAAAUGGGGCGGUCGAAAAAGUGGGGAAAGAUGGGAGUGUGAGGUCUAGAGGUGAGAGAAGGCGGUCGAAACCGAACCCUAGGUUGAGCAAUCCUAGUAAGAAUAUUCAUGGUGAACAGGUGGCUGCCGGUUGGCCCGCUUGGCUGUCGGCUGUUGCUGGUGAGGCGAUCAACGGUUGGAUCCCUCGGCGCGCGGAUACUUUUGAGAAAAUCAACAAGAUUGGGCAAGGCACGUACAGCAACGUGUACAAAGCUAAAGACACGAUGACAGGAAAAAUAGUCGCAUUAAAAAAGGUUCGGUUCGACAAUUUAGAGCCCGAAAGUGUAAAAUUCAUGGCCCGAGAGAUUCUAAUAUUACGCCGUUUAGAUCAUCCAAAUGUUGUAAAAUUGGAAGGCCUGGUGACAUCAAGAAUGUCUUGUAGUUUAUAUCUCGUUUUUGAAUACAUGGAACACGAUUUAGCUGGACUUGCUGCUAGUCCUACAAUCAAGUUCACCGAACCUCAGGUCAAGUGUUAUAUGCAUCAAUUGUUAUCUGGGCUGGAACACUGUCACACUCGACAUGUGUUGCAUCGGGAUAUAAAAGGGUCAAAUCUUUUACUUGACAAUGGUGGGAGUUUGAAGAUAGCUGAUUUCGGGCUGGCGUCGUUUUUUGAUCCUAACCAUAAGCAGCCGAUGACUAGCCGGGUGGUUACAUUGUGGUACCGACCACCCGAGCUGCUUCUUGGAGCCACCGAUUAUGGUGUCGGUGUUGACUUAUGGAGCGCAGGGUGCAUUUUAGCAGAGUUAUUGGCCGGAAAGCCUAUUAUGCCUGGUCGUACCGAGGUAGAGCAGCUUCACAAGAUUUUUAAGCUAUGUGGUUCACCUUCUGACGAAUAUUGGAAAAAGUCAAAGUUGCCACAUGCCACCAUUUUUAAGCCGCAACAGGCGUAUAAACGAUGCAUAGCAGAAACGUUUAAAAAUUUCCCACCAUCAUCAUUGCCAUUGAUUGAUACCCUUCUUGCAAUCGAUCCUGCAGAUCGUCAAACCGCAACAGCUGCUUUGAGAAGUGAAUUCUUUACGACAAAGCCUUAUGCGUGUGAUCCUUCAAGCCUUCCUAAAUAUCCACCUACCAAGGAGAUGGAUGCAAAAUUACGUGAUGAAGAAGCUAGAAGAUUGAGAGCUGCUGGUAGAAGCAAUGCUGACGGAGCGAAGAAGAGUCGCACGCGUGAAAGACAUGCAAGGGCUAUGCCUGCUCCCGAAGCCAAUGCUGAGCUCCAAGUAAACAUUGAUAGACGACGGUUAAUUACACACGCAAAUGCAAAAAGCAAAAGUGAGAAAUUUCCUCCGCCUCACCAGGAUGGCACGUUGGGUUACCCAUUGGGUUCAUCGCAUCAUAUGGAUCCAACUUUUGACCCGCCCGAUGUCCCAUUCAGUUCCAAUUUUUCAUACGCCAAGCAACCGAUCCAGACAUGGUCUGGUCCUUUGGCUGAGCCCGCUCCUACGGGCCGUUCACGCAGAAAGAAACAUCAUGAUUCAUCUUCAAAGAAUAACUAGACUUGUCGUUUGGUCAAAGGUCAAAACCACUUGAUACAAAAGGCUGCAAAUAGUGAUGGACGAACGAGAUGAGAUGACCGGAUACCCUUUUUUACAUGUAGAAUGCAGAGGUAAAGUAUUUUGUUAUUUGUGUUUCUUGUUUGAUUAUUAUCUUAUGGGAUGAUGAGAAGCUCCUCUUUUGAGUACUGUAAAUGUUUCAUCUUUUUUUUUUUCGCCUUUUUUUGUGUCGAAGAACUCUCGUUAGGUGUAAUAAACAUACAACCAUUGAACAAACGAUCACACGUUCGACUAUAUUAAUUGCAAUGUACUUUUAUCACCCUAUUGAUGACCCAUUCGCAUACUAUAAGCACCCGAUGUAGAAAUUGGUUUUAUAAAAUAUUAAAAUGUAACUAUAUAAUAUAAUCAUGAUGUGCAUACAAAUGUACAAGUUUUCAAAGAAGAUGAUCGCAAUUCGCAAUUCGAUACCGCUUGCAAUUUUCUGUUCCUACCGGGUACAAGUAAAGCACCUUCUCCGUUUACGCCCAAAUCAUCCGAAUCAACUUCUAGUUGAUUUAAACUUCUGACAAACGCCGAAAACAUCGGGAAG